GCGUUCCGCCGCUGCGCCGCGGGGCCGGCCGGCCGGUGGGCUCGUUCGCUCGCUGGCUGGCCGGCCGGGCCCGUUCCUCGCCUCUCUUCCCCUCCGCCAUGGCGGCCGAGAGCGGCAGGCAGUUCUGGAAGCGGAGCGCUAAGCUGCCGGGCAGCAUUCAACCUGUCUAUGGAGCACAACACCCUCCUCUGGAUCCCCGGCUUACCAAAAAUUUCAUCAAGGACCGCUCCAAGGCCAACGCGCUGCCGCUGAAGAGCAAGAAGGCCUCCAGCUUUCAUGAGUUUGCCCGUAACACCAGUGAUGCCUGGGACAUUGGUGAUGAUGAAGAUGAAGACUUCUCUUCCUCCUCUUCCUCUUUGCAAACUCUGAACUCUAAAGUGGCCAAGGCCACUGCAGCCCAGGUUCUGGAGAACCACAGCAAGCUGCGGGCUAAACCUGAGCGGGCCCAGUCUGCUCUCAGCAACGUGCCCACCAACUGCAAGGUCAUCAAGUCCAGCAGUGAGGCCCAGCUCUCCAGGACCUCUGAGGAGGUUUGUGUACGGAGUCCUCUCCAGAAGCAGCAGUCCCUUCCCCUCAGGCCCAUCAUCCCGCUCGUCGCCCGCAUCUCGGACCAAAACGCCUCGGGUGCUCCCCCCAUGACAGUGAGGGAGAAAACUCGCCUGGAAAAGUUCCGGCAGCUCCUGUCCAGCCACAACACAGACCUGGAUGAGCUGAGGAAAUGCAGCUGGCCCGGGGUGCCCAGAGAGGUCCGGCCUGUGACCUGGCGUCUGCUCUCAGGUUAUCUCCCUGCAAACACGGAGCGGCGGAAGCUGACGCUGCAGCGCAAGCGGGAGGAGUAUUUUGGCUUCAUCCAACAGUAUUAUGAUUCCAGGAAUGAGGAGCACCACCAGGACACCUACAGACAAAUCCACAUUGACAUUCCAAGGACCAACCCACUUAUCCCCCUUUUCCAGCAGCCACUUGUCCAGGAGAUCUUUGAAAGAAUCCUGUUUAUCUGGGCCAUUCGACACCCAGCCAGUGGCUAUGUGCAGGGAAUCAAUGACCUGGUCACUCCAUUCUUUGUUGUGUUCCUCUCUGAGUAUGUUGAGGAGGACGUGGAGAACUUUGAUGUGACAAACCUGUCCCAGGAUGUUUUGGGGAGCAUUGAAGCCGACAGCUUCUGGUGCAUGAGCAAACUGCUGGAUGGCAUUCAGGAUAAUUACACCUUUGCACAGCCAGGCAUCCAGAAGAAAGUCAAAGCCCUGGAGGAGCUGGUGAGCCGGAUUGAUGAGCAGGUACAUAAUCACUUUAGGAAGUAUGAGGUGGAAUACCUGCAGUUUGCCUUCCGUUGGAUGAACAAUCUGCUGAUGAGGGAGCUGCCUCUUCGCUGCACCAUCCGUCUCUGGGACACCUACCAGUCAGAGCCAGAAGGAUUCUCCCAUUUCCACCUGUAUGUCUGUGCUGCCUUCCUGAUCAAGUGGAGGAAGGAGAUCCUGGAUGAGGAAGAUUUCCAAGGCCUUUUGAUGUUAUUACAAAACCUGCCCACGAUACACUGGGGGAAUGAAGAGAUUGGACUCCUGCUGGCAGAAGCCUACAGACUCAAGUACAUGUUUGCAGAUGCCCCCAAUCAUUACCGCCGAUAGGUGCCAGGACUCGGCUCCCUCCUCUUCCCCUUUGCCCACCCUCUCGUCCUGGCCUGAUCUGAUCACUGUGGCAUUUUUGUCAUCCCAAGUCCUCGGACACUCCGGCCAGGAGCUGCUCCUCACUGUACAAAGCUCACCUUGACUCUUGUCUUAACUCUUGAACGUGUGCCUGUCUGCCACUCCAUCCGCCUGGAAGCGCCGCUCUGAACACCCUCGGGAUUUGACGCCGCGCCGCUGGCUCCAGCCAGGGAGAGAGGGGGGAGAGAGCUGGAAGGGGACCUGGAAGGGGACCUGGAAAGCAGCUUCACUGAUAAACUGAGCUGAGGACAAAGCCCUCCUGCCCUCUCCACUCCUUGCCCUGGGCUUGUCCAGCUGGGACCACCUUGGCUUCGCUGCCGCCACGUGCGCUGCCCCGGCUGCUCCCCUUCCCCCUCCUGCCACCCUUCACUCCACCUCCCAGAUGAAAAUGCCUUAUCAGAGACCCGCCUGGCUGGAAAAAAACUUCCCCCCCCUUCUUCCCAAGGGUGGCAGGGCAAGAAGUUUCUCUCAGGGCCUAAUUUUGCUCCCAGGGUCCAGAGACCCCCCAAGCACUUUUUGGGUUCACGAGAGAGCCCCUGGCGCCUGCCCUCUCCUUCAUCCUCGUCUCCUCCUCUCCCCGGGGUGGGCAGGGCUGGGGGGGACAUCACUCCAUCCACCCCUGGUUGGGAUGGGACUUUUGGUCGGUACAGCCCCCUCUGGUGCCCAGGGGGAGACAUGAGGGGGGCUGGCAAGGGAGCAGCAUCUCCCAAACCCCCUGGCAAAGCCCCCCCCUGCCCCUCCGAGGCGUUCUGUGUAUAUUGUGUUCUUGUGUAUAUGGGUCAGAGAUGUACAAUAUACGUCUUCUGUUUGUAGCAGAUAAUGAUUUUAUAUUUAUAAUGUGCACCCCUUGUUCCUCCCCCUACCCCCUCCAUGCCGGGGUGUAGGGCUUUAGACCCCUCCAGGAGUGUGGGGGCAUUUUGGAGCUGCAGGUUCUUCUGCUCCAGGAUGGUUUUCCAGCGUUGGAUCCUCCAGGAAGAGAAGUGAUAAGAACAUGGAGCUCAAGGCUUCCCCUGCUAAGGAGAUUUGGAUGUUUCAAGGAGAUCCCAGUGGGAAGCAGGGAAGAGCCAUGGAGAAAAAUCAAGGGUCUCCAGGCUCACUGGUGGGAUAAUCCAAGAAUGAUCCAUCCCAGAUCCAGCUCUGGUUGCCUCCAGCACACCCCUCAGACACCUCCUCCUGAGCUGUCUCCCACUGGGCUGGCCUUGCCACCCUCUGCUUUUAAAUCAACCCCAUCCUGAAUGUUUUUAAGGGGCUGUUGUUUUGGUUUCUUUUUUUCUUUUUUUGCCAAGGGCUGGAGGUGGGAGAGUGGAUCUUGGCCACCCUGGGCUGCUCCCAGUGCUUCCACGGGGUGAGGGGGGGUCUUGAGGGUCCUUCUGCUUUCUGUUCCUGGUGGGAAAAGGCAGUGGGGUGACCAGGGCAGGGCCAAGCAUGUGGAAGGCAGAGCCUUGUUGCCAAUAAAACUCCAAACAGUGUCUCAA